AUGAGCAGCACCUUAGCCAAGAUUGCGGAGAUCGAACCCGAGAUGGCUUGGACUCAAAAGAACAAGGCCACAGCACACCACCUAGGGCUGCUUAAGGCUCGCCUUGCUAAGCUUCAUAGAGAGCUCAUUACCCCAAAAGGUGGUGGUGGUGGUGGGCCAGGAGAAGGUUUUGAUGUGGCCAAGACAGGUGAUGCUCGAAUUGGGUUUGUGGGUUUUCCAUCAGUGGAGAAAUCAACACUGCUUAGUAACCUGGCAGGGGUAUAUUCUGAGGUGGCAGCCUAUGUUCAUGAGUUCACUACUCUGACCACUGUGCCUGGUGUCAUCAGAUACAAAGGUGCCAAGAUCAAGCUCCUGGAUCUUCCAGGUAUCAUUGAGGGUGCCAAGGAUGGGAAAGGUAGAGGCCGUCAAGUCAUUGCAGUGGCCCGAACAUGUAACUUGAUCCUGAUUGUUCUAGAUGUCCUGAAACCCUUGGGACACAAAAAGAUAAUUAAAAAUGAGCUGGAAGCCUUUGGCAUUCGCUUGAACAGCAAACCUCCCAACAUUGGCUUUAAGAAGAAGGAUAAAGGAGGCAUUAAUCUCACGGCCACUUGCCCUCGGAGAGAGCUGGAUGCUGAAACUGUGAAGAGCAUUCUGGCUGAAUACAAAAUUCACAAUGCUGAUGUGACACUGCGUAGUGAUGCCACAGCGGAUGACCUCAUCGACGUGGCAGAAGGAAACAGAGUUUGUAUCCCUUGUAUCUAUGUGUUGAAUAAGAUUGAUCAGAUCUCCAUUGAGGAAUUGGUUAUCAUCUAUAAGGUGCCUCACUGUGUACCCACCUCUGCCCAUCACCGCUGGAAUUUUGAUGACCUCUUGGAAAAGAUCUGGGACUAUCUGAAACUAGUGAGGAUUUACACCAAACCCAAAGGCCAGUUGCCAGAUUAUACAUCCCCAGUGGUGCUGCCUUACUCUAGGACUACGGUGGAGGAUUUCUGCAUGAAGAUUCACAAAAAUCUUAUCAAAGAAUUUAAAUAUGCUCUGGUCUGGGGUCUGUCUGUGAAACACAAUCUUCAAAAAGUGGGUAAAGAUCAUACACUGGAGGACGAGGAUGUCAUUCAGAUUGUGAAGAAAUGA